AUGUGGACACAAGAGAUUCAGUGCAGAGGAAAUGAGUCUCAGAUUCACCUCUGCCCAACAUCGCCAUCACAUAAAAAUAACUGUUCUCAUGAGGAUGAUUUGAGUUUGGUUUGUGCAGAUAAAAAGAAUGUGAGGUUGGUUGGUGGUCCCAGUCGCUGUGCUGGUAGAGUGGAGGUUCUUCAUAGAGGUCAGUGGGGAACAGUGUGUGAUUUUUACUGGGAUAUGCCUGAUGCUGCAGUGGUGUGUAGAGAGCUGGACUGUGGAGAACCUGUAGAUGCUGUGGGUGGUGCUAAGUUUGGACCAGGAUCAGGAACAAUUUGGACAAAUCGCAAAACAUGUACUGGAUCAGAGUCAACACUGAAGAACUGUGGAUCAGUAGACUGGGCUAUUUAUGACUGUGAUCAUACAAAGGAUGCAGGAGUCAUCUGCUCAGACAUCAGGCUUAUUGGAAACUCCAGUUGCUCUGGGAGGUUGGAGAUACUUGAUGAUCAGACAUGGAUGUCAAUGUGUGCUGCUGCCUUUGACCAGCAGGAUGCAGAGGUUGUGUGUAGAGAGCUGGACUGUGGGGCUCCUGUACAGGUGCUGGGAGAAGAUGCUUUUGGCAAAGGAGAUGCUCAGAUGUGGACACAAGAGAUUCAGUGCAGAGGAAAUGAGUCUCAGAUUCACCUCUGUCCAAUAUCCUUACACAAAAAGAGCUGUUUGCAUGAGAACUACCAGGGACUGUUCUGUGCUGAUAAAAAGAAUGUGAGGUUGGUUGGUGGUCACAGUCGCUGUGCUGGUAGAGUGGAGGUUCUUCAUAGAGGUCAGUGGGGAACAGUGUGUGAUGUUGGCUGGGAUUCGGCUGAUGCUGCAGUGGUGUGUAGAGAGCUGGACUGUGGAGAACCUGUAGAUGCUCUGGGUGAUGCUCAUUUUGGACCAGGAUCAGGACCAAUCUGGAUGUAUGUUUUGUUAUGUACUGGAUCAGAGUCUACACUGAAGAACUGUGGGGCAACAGGAUGGGGCUUACAUGCCUGUACUCACAACUCUGAUGCAGGUGUCAUCUGUUCAGGUCAUAAACCUUCCAGACUCAUUAAUGGACCUCACCUCUGCUCUGGGAGGUUAGAGAUACUUCAUAAUCAGUCGUGGGUUUCAGUGUGUGCUGCUGCCUUUGACCAGCAGGAUGCAGAGGUUGUGUGUAGAGAGCUGGACUGUGGGGCUCCUGUACAGGUGCUGGGAGAAGAUGCUUUUGGAAAAGGAGACGCUCAGAUGUGGACACAAGAGAUUCAGUGCAGAGGAGAUGAACCUCAGAUUUCAUUUUGCUCAGUAUCAUCAUCACACAAACACAGCUGCACCAGUGACAAUAGUGUGGGCCUGAUCUGUUCUGGUAAAUUAUAA